AUGGAUCCCGAAACCUCCACUACUAUACACUACCGGCUAAAGGAAACCCAAACCAGACGCGAAUGGGUAGAUGACACUGUCUGCAAUUGCCCACCAGAUCAACACGUACUGCUCGACUGGUGGCCGAAAACCCAUGCAGAGAUUGACACGCUUGCAUAUUCGGGGUUAACUGUUGAACCAUGUCCCCGAGGAUAUAAUAUCUUCGAGCGUCUACCAUCUGAACCUGCCAGCGAAGACAAGACCAAAGAAAGUCCGGCCAGAAGGGAAGACCCGAACACCGAGAUCGAGGUGAUUGUUGACCGACCUGCGAAACGUGCCCGCCGGAACGAGGAUUCCAGUAUGAAGCUUGAGAAGCUCGAUAUGAAAUACCGCCGAAUGCGCGAGGAUGAAGAACUUGAGCAUUCCCGAUCUUGCGAGGACAAUAUUGUGAAAUCAGUCCGAGAGCGCGAGGACAACAGCAGAGAAUAUCGCAGGAAAUGUGACGAUCGUGACUUUGCAUAUGCCUACGAGCGUGCGGAACUCGAGCGAGAAAUGGAAGCAGAGCUUGCUAUUGUUGGGGAUGCUUAG